AUGCAUGUACCGGGAGUAUUUGUGAGUGGCACUGUUAAUUGGUUGGCAGAUGAUGUUUCCGGUUGUUCGCUUAGUAUCACUGUUUCUCUUGAUUUGAAGACUGAGUUGUAUCAAAACCUUCCUCAGCCUUAUUUGGAGAAGGGUUAUUUCACCUUGGGGUUGGGGGUAAUAAGGGAUUGCUUGUGCAUCUUUGCAAAGACUGAUAUGUUUUUGAAUGUUUGGAUUAUGAAAGAAUUUGGAAAUAAAGAGUCGUGGACUAAAUCGCAUGGUAUUCCAUACGUGGAAAUUCCGGGUGUGGUUCAUUUCUAUACCAAGGUUGUGUAUAUUUCGGAGGACGAUCAAGUGCUAAUUGAUGGUCAUGAGUGGAUACAUCUCAAUUUGAGGUUGGCUGUUUACAAUGCCAAAACAGGUACUUUCAAGAUUCCUAAGAUUCCAAACAUCAAUAGGUUGGAGCCAAAAGUCUUCAUUGGGAGUUUGAUAUCACCCUGUUCAUAA